AUGCCAUGUACAGUGACUUUUUUUUUCUUUUUAAUAGACAUUCAAGAAAACAGAAUUAUUGAAGAGGGAGAUAUUCUGAUUUCGGGGGACAGGAAUGCGGUGCAGAACCUGUGGUUGGAUGCCAUCGUGCCUUACACCAUCAGUAGUGAGCAGGCUCAUAGAAAAUCCGACAUCCUCGCUGCCUUUAAGAUGAUCUCCGACGCCUCGUGCAUCCGCUUCGAACCGCACACUUCAGAGCUGAACUACAUCAAGUUCGUCGAGGGCAACGGCUGUGCCUCCUUCGUCGGUUGUCAGGGAGGACCUCAGUCGGUGUUUAUCGGCGACACGUGCAGCAAGGGCAAUAUUUGCCAUGAGAUCCUUCACGCCCUGGGACUGCAUCACGAACACACCCGCAAGGACCGGGACCAGUACGUCACUGUGAAGUGGGAAAACGUCACGCCAGGCAAACAGGGGAACUUCAAGAUGGUGUCUGGCAACACGCUAAACCUGAAGUACGACCUUGACUCCAUAAUGCACUAUGGAAAGUAUUAUUUCAGUAAAGAUGGAAGUCCAACAAUGUUGCCCAAGCAGAGUGCACCGCACAUCGGUCAGAGAACUCAUCUCAGCAAACUGGAUAUGGAGCGACUGAACCUACUCUACCACUGUGAUGAGCGGACGCAAGCACAGUGAGCAGCUGGCUGUUUACCUGUGUAUAUGAUUCAAUAAAAUUGUUAAAAUCUU